AUUUUGUUUCUUCAUUCUUAUAUGAAAAAUGAAAGUGAGGUGAAAUGUGGGGGAUGGUGGGUGGCGGGAACACUCGAGAACACUCCAAGCAGCAAGGGUCCUGAAAUAUUAACAUGGUAUUGAGUCUCCAAUGGCGUUUCUUCUCUGCUUCCUCUCUUCUAAACCUGAUUCCACCCCUCUACUUUCGUACCAUCUCGUUUUAUCAACAUCCCAUCAAUAUCGAUUCCCGGUCUCUUGCAAACGAACGACCCUUGACGAGCAGUUCAGUUCAUAAUUCAAUUCCUUCACAGCCUACUAGCUUUCUUAGUCUGUUAAGCCUUUGCCGAAAGAUGGAACAUUUGAAGCCCCUCACGUCUCUCCUCAUCGUUCAAGGACUAAUUAGGGACGAAUCUCUUGUUAUAGAAUUUGCCACGUCCUGUUUCCUUCUGGGUGCUCCAGAUUUAGCUCUCUUUGCUUUUGGAAGUAUCGAAAAUCUGAGCCUGUUUUUGCAGAAUGUGAUGAUUAGGGGUCUUUGCAACCACGGGUUAUACGAAGAUCUCUUAUGUGUUUACCAGAAAUGUUGGGUUUCAGGUUGCCCAUCGGACAAUUAUACGUUUCCCUUUGUCAUCAAGGCGUGUUCGGCUCUGUGUGCCUUUUGGAUUGGGAAAGAAAUUCACGGUGUUAUUUUGAGAACUGGGUUUGAGAGAUAUCUUGUAACACAGACUGCUCUGGUUGAUUUAUACGCGAAAAGUGGUCAUAUGGAGACUGCUCGCAUGCUGUUUGAUAGGAUUCCCAAACCAGAUGCGGUUUCUUGGAAUGCCUUGAUUGCCGGAUAUUCGUUGAAUGGGCUCAUUGAGGAGGCGUUUGAUGUCUUCCGGAAGAUUUUUGCGAUUGGCUUGAAGCCUAACACGAGCACUUUGGCCAGCAUAGUUCCCUUAUGCACUCGAGCGGGUUGUCUGGACAUUGGUCGAAGUCUCCAUGGAUUUGCGGUGAAAUAUGGAAAUUUCUCCGAUGAGUCUUUGAUGCCUGCUUUUAUUUCAAUGUAUGCUGGUGGCGGGGAUUUGUCUAUUGCUAAAGAUUUAUUUGAGUUCUCAUGUGGAAAGAAUGUUGUUGCCUGGAAUGCCUUGAUCUCUGCAUACACACAGAACCAGAAAUCCUUUGAAGCUUUUGAAACAUUUCGGAAAAUGUUUCGGGCUAAUACACAACCAAAUAUGGUCACCUUUGUGUCCAUCAUUCCCUCUUGUGAAAACCUAGGUAGUGCUUUUGUUGGGGAAUCACUUCAUGCUUGCCUAAUUAAAAAUGGGUUCGAUGAUCACCUCUCAGUCAUGACAGUGCUUGUGUCGAUGUAUGCUAAGCUUGGAGAUAUCAAUUCAGCUGGGUUUCUUUUUGAUCAUAUGCCCACAAGAAACCUUAUCUCAUGGAAUUCAAUAAUUUCUGGGUAUGUGCAUAAUGGGAUUUGGGAUGAGAGUUUGGCUGCAUUUGGUGAAAUGCAGUGUGCAGGGUUCACUCCAGAUGCGAUCUCCAUUCUUAGCAUGCUUUCUGCAUGCACCAAGUUAGGAACCAUCUUGCUGGGCAAGUCUGCCCAUGCAUUUAGUGUUAAAAAUGGAUUGGACUCAAAUCUGAAUGUAUCCAAUGCACUCUUGUCUUUUUAUUCUGAUUGCUGUCAGCUGCACUCUUCCUUUAACCUAUUCAAUAGAAUGGCAAUGAGAAAUACUAUUUCAUGGAAUACUUUGAUAUCUGGAUGUGUAUACAAUGGGGAAACAAAAAAUGCAAUUGCUCUUCUUAAACAGAUGCAGCAAGAGGCUGUGAAGUUGGAUUUGGUUACUUUGAUAAGCAUUCUGCCAAGUUAUGAUGGGGAUGAGAACUUGGUGCAAGGUAUGGCAAUUCAUGGCUAUGCUGUCAAAACUGGAUUUGACUCUGACAUUACAUUAGCUAAUGCACUGAUUAGCAUGUACAUCAACUGUGAUGAUCUUGUUGCUGGGAAGCUAGUUUUUGAGGAGCUUCCUGGAAGGGAUGUGGUAUCCUGGAAUGCUAUAAUAACUGGUUAUCGAUAUUACAACUUACAUAAUGAAGUCAUGGUCUUAUUUGGCCAAAUGAUAAAGGACAAUCAAAAGCCAAAUUAUAUUACGUUGCUAAAUAUAUUACCUGCAUGCUGCACGCAGUCACAAGGUAAGUCAAUUCAUGCUCAAGCAGUUAGAAUGGGGAUUGUUGUAGAAAUUCCUCUACUCACGUCUCUUAUAUUCAUGUAUGCUAGAUUUGACAACAUUGAUUUAUGUUCCUUGUUGUUUGAAAUGGGAGAAAAAGCAAAUAUUUCUAUAUGGAAUGCUAUUAUCUCUGUGAAUGUCCAAUUAAAAGAUGUUCAAAAGGCAGUUGCUUUAUUCUGUGAAUUGCACCAAAUGGGUAUCCAAGCUGACCAAGUGACAGUCUUGAGCUUGAUAUCGGCUUCUGUUCAGCUAACUAGUGAAAAUUUUGCCCAUUCUGUGAUGGCUUAUACAAUAUGCAAGGGCUUUGACAAUGACGCGGCUGUAGGAAAUGCUCUGAUAGAUUUGUAUGCAAGAUGUGGGAACAUCUCAACUGCAAGGAAGAUAUUUGAGGGGUUACUUGAAAAGAACAGUGUCUCCUGGAGUGUUAUGAUAAAUGGGUAUGGGUUGCAUGGGGAUGGUGUUGCUGCUUUUGCGCUUCUAUUACAGAUGAAAGAUUCAGGGAUUAGACCUGAUUCCAUUACUUACCUAAGUGCUUUAUCUGCUUGCAGCCAUGCUGGUUUAGUUGAGCAAGGCAGGAUAGUAUUCAGAUGUAUGCUAGAAGAUGGAAUCAUACCCAGGAUAGAGCACUAUGCUUGCAUUGUGGACCUUCUAGGUAGAUCAGGUCACUUGAGCGAGGCUUAUGACAUUACUAAGAGACUUCCUUGUACGCCUUCUAUCAGCUUACUUGAAUCUUUGUUGGGUGGCUGUAGAAUCCAUGGUAAUGUUGAUCUUGGGGAGGAAAUUGGACAGCUACUCUUUCAACUGGACCCAGGAAAUUCAGUUGUUUACGUGAUGCUUUACAAUAUCUAUGCAGCAGCUGGUAGGUGGACAGAUGCAAAUAGGGUGAGAUCUAAUAUGGAAGGGAGACAAUUGAGAAAAGCACCUGGUUUCAGUCUCCUCAAAGGAAGUGACCAUCAUGAUGGAUGCCUCUCUUGACGAAUCAUAUUGUAAAUGGACAGAAUUGCAGCAAGUUUUCUUGUUCGAGUUGAUUGAGGCAGGAUGAUUUUGAUGCUAAACUGCUAUCCUGGCACAAGAUCUCAUGCUCGCUAAGAGCAGCAGUAUGCCUAUCAUCCAGGGCAUGUCAAAAGAAGUUCCUUGGGGUGAUGUUCACAUUUCCCUUCUGACAAAGUAUGGUGCUACAGAAGCCUUAGAUGACCGAUGCUUCAGCUGAGAAUUUAGUAAUUUUAUGCAGUGCUAUUACUAUCUUGAGCCAUGGUAUCACAUGUGCAUUUUGCCCCAGCCAUGUGCGAGCUAUCACCCUACUUUCAGGUCGGUAAACAUAGAAGCCACUGUUCGCUUGUUACUUGAAAGUCAUGCCCAAAAUUAUCAUCAUUUGCCUCCUCGAGUUGUUUAGCCACUCUUGCCUCAUGUAUCGUCCCACAAAAGUUGGGAUUAUUGACCAAACCCCAAAUUGGGUGCUGAAAGGAUGAAGGAUGAAAAAAAGAUCUAUGGAAGCCAUUGUGGUACAAUCAAGAUGAGCAAGAAAUUGAAUUGAAAACCUGUUCGGCAGAAACCUCAGCUGGUACCGUCAAUCUACUAAUAUGACGCGCAUGAUGAAACGGACGUGACUGGCAUUGAACAUCAGCGGCUUGAGAAGAGAAUCGGAGAAGAAAAAGGAGAUGAGGGGUCUGAAACAACUUCGCUUAAAGUUCUUUUUCAUUUGCGACUGGUACUGAAUUAAGAUUAACAGUAAUCCUGUUGCACUUGCACCUGGCUGAUGGGACUUCAUAGUUGGGAGCAGCAUUUUCCCAAAAAUGUGGAAUAUAGUGAGCCCAAGCUGGACCGUCUUGUUCAGUUAUAUUACAGGGGCCUUGGCAGAGGUUUUCUAAACCUGCUUGAUUGCUUCCAACUUCCCAUUUUGAAGUUAUAAAUCAAACUUGAACUUCCUAAUAUGACAAUUUGCUUUAUGUGAGGGCUAUGUUUGGUUCUAAUGUAAAGGUUUGAUAUCUUAGGAAGUAGACCUGUUAUGAAUCAAUAUUUUGGAAUAGACAAUAAAUAAUUCCUCAUUUCACCA